AUGAAGUAUAAGUCGCCACAGGUCGAAGAAUACCCCGACACAGACGACGUCGGGGGCUCCAAGCGCAAGCGAGGAACUGCGCGAGAGCUAGAAAUUCCUGCGGAUUCCAAGGAAGCCAAAGAACCUGCUCGCAAGGCUCCCAAGCCUUCGGAAACCCCAGCCGAUGAGCCCGACGUGGACGAGGAGGAUGAGGUUGACGAAGACGACGCCGAGGGAGAUAUUUACGAAGAAUAUGACCGAGCUCAGGCCGAUGAUGAGGAGGACGAAGAGGACGAGGAGUAUGAGGAAGAAGAUGAGGUGGAAGGGUUGGGAGAAGGCGAGAAGCCUGCGGAAAGCGACGAGCAGGGAGAGGAAGAAGAUGCUGCUGAAGAGGAUAGCACCGACCUUCCCAAGGUGCACAAGGCGGUUAAACAGUUCGGCCGGGCACCUCUGGAUGGCACACAGGUCGCCAAGGAGCCUCUAACUGCAUCAGCGGAGACGCUGCUGGCGAUGGUCAUUGAUGCGAUGUUGAAGUCGAGGCCCAUCUCGCAUGAUUUGUCUCAGCGGGCCGUCAACCGAGUGAUCGAUGAGGGCUACCAUGACAUCCACAAGCUCGAGAAUACCAGCUGGGAGGAGAGGACUCAGGUGCUGAAGGACGGUGGAUAUAACCGUUACCGGGAGCAGGGAGCGACGAACCUGGGACAGUUGGCGGAGUUUAUCAACGAGAAAUACGAUGGCGACCUCAACAACCUCUGGGAAGAAGCUCAUCACGAUCGAGAGCGGACCCGUGAACUAGUCCGCGAAAUCAAAGGCCUGGGCGAUCUUGGAGUCGAUCUCUUCUUCAACAACGUGCAAAGCGUAUGGACCCCGAUUGCACCGUUCCUGGAUGGACGCAGUCUGGAGACCGCCGACCAGGUUGGUCUUGGAACAGAUAUCGACGCCAUCUAUGCCGAGCUGGAGGAAGAUGCAAUGAUGAUGAGCCGCUUGGCUAAUGGGUUGUCGGCAGCACGGCUGGAAAAGAGACAAGGUGAGCUGUUGCAGAUCUAG